AGAAAAAUAUUUAUGAUGGCUUUGUGUUUCUUGGUCUUGUUUGCACUUGUAUUUACGCAGCAUUCUGAGAGCCGUUUAACCCAGGAAACAUUCAAGAAUGCUUUUAAAAAUAGUCCAUCAAAUUCCAAUGUUGAUAAUGAUGAUGGAACAAUUUGGGCAGUUCUUGUUGCUGGCUCUAAACAUUAUGAAAAUUAUAGACAUCAGGCUGAUAUUUGUCAUUCUUAUCAAAUAUUGAAAAGAGGAGGUCUCAGUGAUGAAAAUAUCAUUGUUUUCAUGUACGACGACAUUGCAUACAAUCAACAGAAUCCAAGACAAGGGACUAUAAUAAACAACCCUGAUGGACAAGACGUCUACCAAGGAGUUCCUAAGGAUUACACAGGAGAAAAUCUGACGGCUAACAAUCUUUUGAAUGCAAUACUCGGAGAUAAAACUGCAAUAACUGGAGGUACUGGAAAAGUUGUAAAUAGUGGACCAAAUGAUCGUAUUUUUAUUUACUACGCUGACCACGGAGGUCCUGGUAUACUCAGUAUGCCCAAUGGUGAUGAUAUUUAUGCGCAAGAUUUUAUCAGUACAUUGGAGAAAAAAUAUCAAAUGGGAACAUACAAAACUAUGGUAAUAUACGUAGAAGCUUGUGAAUCUGGGAGUAUAUUUGACGGUCUUUUGUCUAAUGGUAUGAAUAUAUACGUAACAACAGCAGCAAACCCUAGUGAAAGUAGCUACGCAACUUAUUGCCCUGGAGAUUCUGUAAUUUCUUCUGAAUUUCAAACUUGUUUAGGAGACUUAUAUAGCGUUUCUUGGAUGGAAGACAGUGACAUGCGUGAUUCCCGUUCAGAGACAUUGGAAAGCCAAUAUCAAGUGGUAAAAGAACGAACGGCAGAGGGAGGAAGCGUGGGAUCUCAUGUAAUGCAAUACGGUGAUAAUGAGUUGAGUGGUGAUCCUCUCUCACUCUACAUUGGCUCAUCAUCUCCUAAUUCCUUCAUUAAUAAUCAAAACAAUGCCACCCAUCACAACACAAUAUCCAAUGUUGAUCAACAUGAAGCUGAUAUUGUUUAUUUAAAACAAAAGGUUUUGAGAGCACCUAAAGGAUCAAUGGAGAGAAAAGAGGCUCAAAAGAAGUUGGAAGCUACUCUUACACAUAGGGAUCAAAUUGAUUCUACUUUCCAAAUGAUAGGAAAAGCUCUUUUUGGUGAUGACAAAGGCCAUGAGAUGAUUAAGACCGUUCGAUCAGCAGGGAAGCCUAUUGUGGACGAUUGGGAUUGUUUCAAAAACCUGGUUGGCACUUACAAGACUCAUUGCGGACAACUCUCCACCUACGGCAAGAAGCAUAUGCGAGCUUUUGCAAAUAUGUGUAACGCCGGUGUCCAACAAGCUCAAUUAGCUAAACUACUAUCACAAGUGUGUGUCAACAAGUUUAAUUAAUUGAUAAUUUCACAUCCAAAAGUAUCACAUAUUUAUGCUUUUUUAAAUAUAUAUUUUUCUAAAAUUUAAAGGAUAAACAUGUCUUAUUUUGUAUGGUAUAUGAAACAUACGAUAUAAUAUACACAAAAAUAUGCGUACCUAUAUAUGUAUGUUUGAAUUUAUAGUGUAUGUUUGUGUAGUUGGUAAAAAAAAGAUUUAUUUUUGCCU